AUGACUUUUGACACCAGGUCUCUGCAGUUACUCGAAGAGUCUCUAGCAACUGCUACCAAUCAGAUAGGCUAUCCAGAGACUGAGGAGACUUGGGGAGAAGGCGCCAUUAGCGCAAGCCAGAGAACGAGCCAGGAGGCGAGAAGCAUUGCUAUCGAGAUGAAUCUGAAGUUACUCAAAAAGAAAGAUGAUGACGACGAGAUCCUCUGCUUCCUCAAAAAUGAGCUGCAUGGUCGGCAGUUGCGAUUGCAACGACACAAACUUCCGGACGAGCAAACCCGCCUUCUCAAUCAAUUUGGGGAGAUUCUCGACGAGUUUGACUACUUAUGCAGCCCCGACAAUCUAGAUGAUGCAGAUAGCAAAGCUUUUGGAAGAAAAAAGGCUUUGCUGACUAUAGAGAGGGACAAUCUGAUCAAACAAAUACAAUAUGAGAUCACCAAACCCUCUGAAGCAUCCGAUACGGCCAGAUCUUCAACUUCGUCUCCAAAGUCGCUCAAGGUACAAGUCCAGUAUACGCCGGUGGAGCAAGAGGAGCGUAUAUCGACGGGAGAGAACGAACAUAUGCCUGCGGAACAUGACCAAGAUACGCCAAUAACCAAGGAUGAGCCUACAUGUCUGAGUGAAAGCAACCUUGACGCUAUGCGGGAAUUCUGCUCCGUUACUUUCGCCAGUGUCGACCACGCCAAGGAAGUACUUGCAAUUUUCAAUUACAAUCUAAAGGAAGCUUUAUAUUUUCACUUCGAAGACCAAAUGGCCGACCAGAAGGCUUUAGAUUCUGCUGGUCCUAAGAUGGAUGUCGAUUCAGAAGAGCUGGAAAGAGCCGUGCAAUCCAGUCUCGAACCUGAAACUGAACCUCCUGGCGGUGAACGGAAUGUUGCAGCUAAUGAUUGGGAAACGAACGACGAGCCUAAAAUGGAUGCACAGUCGCCCAACGAAGAAGACUCUACCAAAACGAAGGGCGAGGAGCAGCUCACGGAAGACACUUCCCGAACGGGUCGCUCUCACGCCGGCCAACUCAUCCUACUAGAUGUUCAGGGAAAUUUCAAAUCCCACUUGCAUACAGAGCCUCCCCCGAAAAGUUUGUGGGAACAAUACCGAGCUAUGCGCGAGAGAUUGCAUGUACAGUACUACGGUUCCAGCACGUGGUUCGAUGACCCGGAUCCCCUCCGGGGCGUUCCUGCCAGGGAAAGGGCUGAGCACGAUGACAAUGCAGUCUCGAAUAUGGAUACCGACGACUCUGGAGAGCACAAAGAUGUUGAGCAGGAAAACGUAGCUAUCGAAUACCCUGCAGAUGCUGGAAUGGCAAUAAAGCUCGAGGCUGAGGAGCGAGAAGCCCAAGAGAAAGGAGACCACGAAUAUGCGAAACUGCUGUACUCACAGUUUAAGGUACUAGAUGAAGCAGAACAAGUCACCAAUACAGAUGGAUCCGGUGAGGUAACUGGAGAAAGGGCAGAAGUAACAGCCCCAGCCACGUUGUCCAAUGUGACAAUGUGUGCGUUAGGGCAGGACACCCAAGACGACAACGAUUCUACACGCGAUAACCACAGCCCUCUACAAAGUGAAAAGGACUCCGUGGUGGGCGAUGACAAAGCUCCGUCCAACAUGGACCUUGACCACGUCAUGGAACGAGCGGAACAAAACGACAGACAGAAUGUGAAGCAGGGGCAUACCAAAUCCAAGUCCUUCGUCGACCCACGGGAUCUUGAGAAAACGGCAAACCAUUCAGACGACGCCGAGAUAGAACAACGCAAGUACCUAUUCGACUCGAAGGAAGAGGAAGACGGUUGGUACGACAGUGACCCAGACCGGAUGGACAUCUACGGUAGAAACAUGGUCGGCUCUGAGUCAGGCGCGCAUGGCGAAGAGCCAACGUUCACACCGAGCGGAAACAGAGAUGCCUUUAUGAGCUCGGUUACGGAUGACAAGCAGCAGACUUUUGGCUCCAAUGAGGAAGAAGUGCAAUGCAUGGAAAAAGAAAAGUUCGAUUCACCUAUGGUGUUCAAGCCGAAUGAGGAUGUGGACAUAGACGCCGAAUACGACGAUGUCAAAAUCCUCAAAGUGGAUGAAGACGACGAUGUUGACAUGGGCGGUGAGAGUUCGAAUUACUAG